AUGCUGACAGAAAUAGUUGACAAGUCUUCCCAUGUGGAUGCUUUUUCUCAGUCUCAGCUGACUGUUCAAGAGAGAGAUCAUCUGGGCUCUAACAGAGUCUUCCAUCAGAGAGUCAGUCGCGGUGUCCUUUCCCUCCCACAUCUGGAAGGUCAAGUGAAGCAUGGUCUGGCUGCAGAUGCUGCAAACCCUCCCCCCUUGGAGAGCAGCCUGCCUCAAAUAGCAAAUAAGAGCUUGCAGAGUGUCCUCCCCUCUUUUCAGGAAAAUGGAACUCAAGGCAAUUUUCCUCAAUUUAACCUUCCAGACAGUCUUCCUGAGGGUGAUACCAGAGUCCAUACAAAACCAUCCGAACUGGAGAGCACCAGCAUCGGGGUCAAACUGCCUAUGACAGCUUCAGAAGCCUUGAAAAAUUUUAGGAACCAGUUAACAGUCUAUGAGCAAAAAGAAAUUUUCAAUUAUACAGAGCUCUGGUUUCUUGGCCUGGAAGCUAAAAAGAUUGAAGGUUUGCCUGAAACCCAGAAUAAUAAUUGUUAUGAUGAUGAGCAUGGUUCCUACUUAAAGGUUUUACAUGAUCACAUUGCCUACCGAUACGAAGUCUUGGAGGUCAUUGGGAAAGGGUCAUUUGGGCAGGUGGCCAAAUGCCUGGAUCACAAAACCAAUGAGUUAGUGGCAUUGAAAAUAAUAAGAAAUAAGAAAAGAUUUCACAGCCAGGCUUUGGUAGAAGUGAAGAUCCUUGAUGCACUGCUGAAGAAAGACAAAGAUGAUACUCACAAUAUCAUCCAUAUGAAGGAAUACUUCUACUUUCGCAAUCACUUCUGUAUCUCCUUUGAACUGCUAGGAAUAAAUUUGUAUGAGCUGAUCAAAAAGAACAAUUUCCAAGGCUUCAGCCUGUCAUUGAUUCGCCACUUCACUCGCUGUGUGCUGAGGUGCUUGCAAGUGCUCUACCAGGAAAGAAUCAUUCACUGUGAUCUGAAGCCUGAGAACAUACUAUUAUACCACAAUGGGCAAGGUUCAGUCAAAGUUAUUGAUUUUGGAUCAAGCUGCUAUGAAGACCAAAGAGUGUACACCUAUGUUCAGAGCCGCUUCUAUCGCUCCCCUGAGGUGAUUCUUGGGCAUCCUUAUGCUAUGGCUGUUGAUAUGUGGAGCUUAGGCUGUAUCAUAGCAGAGCUUUACACAGGCUACCCACUGUUCCCAGGGGAAAAUGAAGCUGACCAACUUGCCUGCAUCAUGGAGGUAUUGGGUCUUCCACCAGCUGAUUUUAUCCAGGCUGCGUCAAGGAGGAGAACAUUCUUUGAUUCCAAAGGUUUUCCUAAAUCCGUAACUAACAGCAAGGGGAAAAAGAGAUGCCCAGACUCCAAGGAUCUAAGCACAGUGCUGAACACCCAUGAUGCUGGCUUCUUGGAUUUCUUGAAAGGAUGCUUAAUGUGGGAGCCCUCCCUGCGCAUGACUCCCGAUGAAGCGAUGAAACACGCGUGGAUCCAGGAACCCAAAAUCUUCCGGAAACCACAGGCCCCAAGGAAGAUGAGUGAUGGCUCCUUCUCUGUGCUGGAAAAUAGAAGAGAGGCUAUUCAGAAUCUCUGGAAAAAUGCAGCUGACAAAGUGAGAAGUGAACUGGCUGACAGACUGACUCCUUUCACAGGCACAGCAGAAAGUGAUGUGCAGAACACAAGGAAGCAUGCUAUAACAGAGAAAUAUUUGGAAAACCACAUGGAAAAGCCUAUUAAAUACGAUCAAGCAGAAGACAGUGGCGAAAGAGCUCUUCCAAAAACUUCUCUUUUUUUCCCACCAAUUAAGUAACACAAGCUAAGAUUGGCUCGGUUGCAUACCUAGUGUAUUUUGUAGGUAUUAUUUGUACUC